GACAGACAGCCUGCUUCUUUCAGACUCAUGCCUUCCUCCCUCUCCUUCCCUCUGGGGGCCGCUGCCCCUGAACCGGCCUAAAGCAGCAGCAGGAUGUUCGCAGGCUCAGGCUGUGUGCAAGGAAACAUGAGCAGGCGCAGAUAUUCAGAGUCCCGGGCCGAAAGCAGAGAAAAGCGGAGGAGGAGACGGCGGUCCGUUUAGGUUAGAGCUCAGAAACUCAGGCGGGGAACCUGUGAGCGGGGCAUGGGCGGCUGGGAGCAGGAUUAUUGUUCAGCACAGCCGAGAGACGCAGGAGGGAGCCGGGAAAGGAGAAACUCGGGGACGCUGGGACAGAGUUUUCCCUCCUCACACCUUUUGGAUCUGUGCGCAGCAGAGGGAGAGAUCUGCGGAGCGAGCGGCCAAAGAUGAACACCAUUGUGUUUAACAAGCUGAGCAGCCAGGUCCUGUUUGAGGAGAAGGCGAAGGAGGUGGAAAUGAGCAGCAGAAAUUACCUGGAAGUCAUCGAUGGCCAACAUCCAGAUCUCCUCUGCAGCAGCCCGGCCAUCAGAGACAGCCAGGCGGUCAGACACAGGCGGAGCGGGGGUCGUCCCAGUGGCAGCAAAGUGCGGCACAAGCGCCAGGCCCUGCAGGACAUGGCACGGCCGCUCAAGCAGUGGCUCUACAAGCACAGAGACAACCCCUACCCGACCAAGACGGAGAAAAUCCUCCUGGCGCUCGGCUCGCAGAUGACUCUGGUGCAGGUGUCGAACUGGUUUGCCAACGCCAGAAGACGCCUGAAGAACACGGUGAGGCAGCCGGACCUGAGCUGGGCACUCAGGAUCAAACUCUACAACAAAUACGUUCAGGGCAACGCAGAGAGGCUGAGUGUCAGCAGUGACGACAGCUGCUCCGAAGAUGGAGACAACCCUCAGAGGACACAGAAUGGUCCUGAAUUUCUCCCCAAACCCUUGUACCAGAGUGUUAUCAAGAAGGAGGGCUCCUCCAUGGUGGGCGUGGCCAUAGGGAUGGACCCAGGGCUGCGUUCUGCAGUGGAUGCCGCCUCUCUGGCUGAGGACUAUGUGUCUCCACCCAAGUACAAGAGCAGCCUGCUGCACCGCUACCUGAACGACUCUCUGCGGCAUGUGAUGGUCGCGAAUGCCGUCAUGGAUGCUCGCAAGAGGAACCACUCUGGUUCCUUCAGCUCCAACGAGUAUGACGACGAGCUGCUGUCGCCAUCCUCCUCUGAAGCCGAGGCCAACUUGGUUUAUGGAGCCGAAACCACAGAGCUUGGAUCCAGGAAACGUGACCACAACGGUGGCGUCGCAGCUUCGCAGGAGGAGAAGGUGAAGGCCAAAGAUGAGACGCAGUGGAAGGAGAUCAACGCCGCCGUGGCCUUGACCAACUUGGCCCAGGGGAAGGACUGCGUCUCUGGAACAACCAGCUGCAUCAUCCAGAAGUCCUCGCAUAUCGCCGAGGUGAAGACGGUUAAAAAAGCUGCGGCUGAACUCUUAGCUCUGACGUUCUCCUCACAUCUGGCCGUAACAAGCAGCAAACAUUCCUCUUUUCUUAUCAAACCUGAUGACGUGAAACCCAACGCCUCUUUAAACAAAGAGAACUGUUUCUUUAGGAGGGAAAAGGGUUUUUUUAAAACUGAAGAAGAAAUGAUUUGGUCUCAUUAAGAUUCCUUUUAGUAGCACCCCCUCACAUUACCAAUGCCUUAACUUUCCCUUUCCUGUACCAAGAAAUAUAUUUUUAAUCUAACCCUUUUUUAUUAUAAUUAUUUUAUAUAUAAAUGUGUUGUAUUUUCAUAAGUGAUUUUUUUAAACAGGUCAGCUUGCUGAAUUUGAGCUACAUAGAAUCAUCUCUGCUCAAAUCCUCCUGCUUCAAUAACGAGAGCUGAGGGUUGAGAUUCAAAAUGGCCUCAUUUUUGUAGAAAAUACUUUUCUUAACGGUGCUUAUGUUAUAAAUGUUUUCACAGUUGUAAAAAAGAAGUCACAUCCCUGGGAGAAAGUGAAGUUGGCCUGCUGUGCUAACUUUUAAUUUAAUAUGUCUCUGAGGUACUCUUUAUAUGUUUUGAAACCUAAAGUGCUUCAUGAAUUGCUCAGUUUGGGUUUUACGACAUUCAGACUCUUAUGGUCAAGGACUCUGCAAGAGAGUGAAGCUGCGCAGUAACUAUUUUUUUUUUUUUACAUGUCUUGAAUGUUUAACAGAAAUCUGCACUUAAAGUUCAUGAAAAGAAGGACAACCUUGCAUUAUUGCAGUUAGUGUUCCUAUAGAAGUAGAAGGAAAUGAGUCAAAGUUUCCAAUCCCCAGGCUCUGCUGGCUUCUUGUGCAAUGAGGCUGCUGGCCUCCUACAGGUGAUUUUAUUCAUCAGAUUCAGACAGGGUACCGGCUGGGAAGAACUAGAUCCGUGCCUUGUCUCUAAACCUCUGUGCCGCUCAUUUUCAUUCACUUUUCACACACUAGCUACAUGCUGGCAGGAGGCAAAGAGACUGUGAGUCUUUGCUGCCUCUGCUGCAACAACAGACCUGUCACACUACGUUCACACCGGACGCAGCAGGAGCAGCAAAAUCGCAUCUGCUGUUUCAUUUUUGUUGCUUGUACCAGUUUAGUUCUGACGCGCGGCUGA